AUCCCUCUCCUCAAACUCUCUCCAAACGCUAUCUUCCCUUCUCUUUCUCAUCAAACCUUUCAUGAUUCCCAUCACUCUUCAUAGUCUUCCCUUUACCUGAAGCCAAUAUCAUAAAUCUUUCAUCCUUUUUUUACAAGGCAAGUUCUUAGGGUUCUUGAUCACUGUCUUUGGAACAUUUUAUCUAUUUCACAUGGAGGUUCCGAGGAUGGAAGAGGGCAAGAGCAAGAGUCAUCUAACAUCGCCUGCGGCUUUUGUGGAAGGAGGGAUACAAGAAGCUUGUGAGGAUUCUUGUAGCAUUUGCCUUGAGGCUUUCUGCGAUAGUGAUCCUGGCACGGUGACUAGCUGCAAGCAUGAGUUUCACCUUCAAUGCAUUCUUGAAUGGUGCCAAAGAAGCUCUAAUUGUCCUAUGUGUUGGCAAGCCAUUAGCUUGAAGGAUCCAACCAGCCAAGAGUUAUUGGAGGCAGUAGAACAGGAGAGGCGCUUCAGGUUCAAUCCGACAAGAAAUUCCACAAUAUUUCAUCACCCUACUCUUGGUGAUUUCGAACUACAACACUUGCCGGUUGGUGUAAAUGAUAGUGAACUUGAGGACCGAAUCAUCCAACACCUGGCUGCUGCAGCCGCUAUGGGUAGGACCCACCAUGUGGGUCGAAGGGAGGGCUCAAGGAACCGGUCAGCGGCUCACGGUCGUCCUCAGUUCUUGGUGUUCUCCACCAACCCUAAUGCACCUUCGGCUGCCACCAUCUCGGCUUCUGCUGGUCCAGUUGAAGAGCCAGCUCAACCAGUUGCUGUUGCUUCACCGGUUGGAGGGGAAGCUGAACCGGCUGCCGUCGAGUCCGUUAGGGCAUCGGCCCCAUCUACAGCUCGUGGGGGUGGGACCGUUCAACAAAUGCCGGCAUCUGGCACAUCGCAUAGUCCACAAGGGACCUCGGUAAUUCAUAGAAGCUCGAGUAGUCUGUCCGCCCUGCCUGAUCAAGAUAUAGCAGGGCCAUCGGAGUUGCAAGCAGUUUCGGAUACAUGGAAGUCUAGAUUCACUGCUAUUUCAAUGAGAUACAAAGAAUCAGUUUCGAAGAGUACAAGAGGGUGGAAGGAGAGGCUUUUCAACAAGAGUCCAUCCAUGUCGAAUAUUGGUACGGAAGUAAGGAGAGAAGUUAAUGCUGGAAUUGCUAACAUGUCUCGGAUGAUUGAGAGGCUUGAAGUCCGGGAAAAUAACAGACAAGACCAGGAUCAUGAUUCUGCAUCGAGUAACUGGACUUCUGGUCCGGGAGAAGAUAACCGUAAUCAUGUUGAGGCACCCGGUGCUGGUGCUGGUGCUGGUGCUGCUUCAAACUAGUGUGUGUUUUGCUGCUUGUUUGAGCAAUAAAAUCUUCUGCUGGCACUUGCCUUUGAAGGUCGUUGAAAAGCCGUAUCCAGAUAGAUAGACAGGUAAAUGAGCUGGUGAAGACUUCUAAAAUCUUACAAUCGGGUUGUAAAUGAUUUUAAUUGGGAUUUAGAUUAUUGCAGAGUUACUUUUCAAAUCUUUUGGCGAUCUCUCUAUGAACCAUAUAAGCAUUAGUUUUGUGGGGCUGUAUCCCUGCGAGGGAGUUCAGCCCACCAAAACUGAUGCUAUGACAUAAAACUGAUGUUAUGAUAUUUGAUGGUGGUGAAGAAAGUGAGAGCCAUCCUCACCCACCCCAUGAUUGUUCGUUUAUACAUUUAUAUUAAUUACUGUUUGCAAUC